CACAAACACUUCCGGUUACUCAUCAACAUAAAUUAUUUUCGUAACAUUUUGCAUAAAAAUAGUCAUUUCUAAAAGAGGAGAAGCAGGAAAAGAAGCAACAAUGUCAGACCGGAAGGCAGAGUUGGAGAGGAAGAAGGCAAAGUUGGAGAUGAUGCGGAAAGAACGACAGGAAAAGGAGAGAAUUCGAAAAAUGAAGGAGCAAACAGAGGAAACAAAGCCACAGGUGUCACAGAGUGCUCGAGACGAGGCAGACAAGCUGUUACAGGACCUGGGCAUUCCUCCAGCAGGUGAAACAGCUGAAAGUUCGACACCUUCAGACAAAGGCUCUGAAUCCACAGAUGGGAGUAAAGAGCCAACACCACAUCCAACACCAACCAAAACAGGCAGAGGAAAGACUGUAAAGUUAGCUGUAGCUAAAGUAUCGGAGACAAAUAUUCCACCACGAGAGAACGUAACCUACUCGAAGGAGACACAGACUGUGGGGCUCGAACCACCAGAAAGAGAUGGACAUGGUGGGGUGCAUCAUCGAAAGGGACCGUGGGACUAUUACGUAUGUGACGGUCUUUCUGACACGAGCAGCCCUAGUCAUAGAUCUAAACUUGGAUCUCAUGGGUCCCCACGACAUUAUGGCUCACCGAGAUUUCACGGGUCCGAUGUCGGAUUCGAGUGGGAUGAUGAAUUCUCGUAUUAUGAUGAAGAUGAUGACCAGGAACCAGACACCGAUUCCAUUGACAUCUCGCUGGGAACCAUGCAGCACCCACACAAGAUGCCCCAUGUGGAGAUGGUGGCUCCCUCCCACACUGCAGAGGAUAAACCACCAGUUCAUUUGCGGGAGCUCAGUGAGGAAGAGAAGAGCACAAUUCUAUUGUCUGAGGAGUUCCGGUCAUUCAUGGACCACACGUCACGCAUCGUGGAGCGUGCCCUGGAUGAAGUGGAUGUUGAUAUAGAUUACAGCAGAUCUGCAGACGAUGAGUUAAGUAAUCAAGAUCUUGCUGGAGAAAGGUUGAAGGUGAACAGAGAAUUUUUUGAUGAACGUUGGUCCAAACAUAGGAUAGUAACUAGUCUUGACUGGUCAACACAGUUUCCAGAGCUACUUGUUGCCUCAUACAGUGCUAAUGAGGAUGCACCGCAUGACCCUGAUGGUGUUGCCCUAAUAUGGAAUUCACGCUUUAAGAAAAAUACUCCAGAAUAUGUUUUCCAUUGUCAGUCUGCAGUAAUGUCAAGCUGCUUUGCCAAGUUUCACCCUAACCUAGUUGUUGGAGGAACAUACUCUGGUCAGAUCGUGCUGUGGGACAACCGUGUACUGAAGAGAACACCGAUACAGAGAACACCACUGUCAGCCUCUGCACAUACUCAUCCAGUGUACUGUGUAAAUGUGGUAGGGACUCAGAAUGCACACAAUCUGAUCAGUGUAUCUACAGAUGGUAAAAUGUGUUCAUGGAGUCUUGAUAUGCUUUCACAACCACAGGAUUGUAUGGAACUACAACAACAUAAACAGAGUAGAGCAGUGAAUGUGACCAGUUUCUCCUUCCUGUCAGGAGAUGUGAACAACUUCGUCGUUGGCAGUGAGGACUGUUCAGUGUAUGCUGCAUGUAGACAUGGCAGUAAAGCUGGCGUCAGUGAGAUAUUUGAAGGACAUCAAGGACCUGUUACUGGGAUAGAUUGUCAUAAAGUAGCGGGACAGAUAGAUUUCUCACCAUAUUUCCUUACGUCUUCCUUUGACUGGACCAUAAAACUUUGGAGCAUGAAGGACAACAAAUUUAUCCAUUCAUUUGAGGACAACAGUGAUUAUGUAUAUGAUGUACAAUGGUCCCCAAUACACCCAGCAUUGUUUGCUAGUGUAGAUGGAAUGGCCAGACUAGAUUUAUGGAACCUUAAUCAAGAUACCGAGGUACCAUCAGCAUCUGUUUCCAUGGAUACUGGUGUAGCACUGAACCACUUACGCUGGCAUCAGAGUGGACAUACUAUAGCAGUGGCAGAUGAUAUGGGACAUAUUUAUAAUUAUGAUGUAGCUGAGAGUUUUGCAAACCCGAAGUCAGAUGAAUGGUCAAGAUUCGUGCAAACUUUACAAGAACUGAGACAACAUGCGGCGGAAAGAGAAGAAGAUACAAAUUUAGCUGGCUUGUCGUCGCCUCUACGAUGACAUUUAUAAACCUGCUAUAAUAUAUAUGACAUUUAAUGGAAUUGUGAUGUACUGAAAUCUACAGAUAAUAUUUCUAAGAGCCUUCUUAGUGCUAUUAAAAUAUGAUAUGUUUAUUUACAUAAAGCUUUCUCCAGUUUAAAUUAACAGUAGUGUGAAAAGGAAAAGAGUUAUGUGAACUUCAUUUUCUUAGUUUUUCAAUUAUUUCUAUACUAUCUUGUUGAGGUUGUAAUGCUUGGCUUCAUUUCAGACCUGAAACUGUGACUUCACACUGUUUAUUAAGAUAAGCUACAAAAAAAGCUGCAUCCUUGAGAUAUUAAACAUUCUUAGAAAAAAUGCCAACCCCAGUUGUAACAGAAAAUAAACUAUUUCUUGAUUGAAUGAAUUUUGGAAUUAAUGACAUCAGUUGUAUGUAACAAAUGUGAACAGGAGAUAUUUUUAAAAGUGACAAACUUGUAUUAUACUUUGCAUAGACUUUUUGUCUAAAUUUUUGUUGAAAAGAUAUUAAGUUAAGAAAAAGCCUAUUACUGCAUGUUUUAACAGAUAAUGUCAUGUUUUUGAACACAGUAACUUUACCAACAAAAGCAUAUUUACUCUCACUUGUAUACGAGAUGUUUACCAUGGUUCACUAGAUGGACCUCUGGCACAUUUUGCCUAUACUUUUAGUUUGGUAUCAUUACAGGUAAAAGGUUUCAGCCAAUUAGCGAUGUUUCGCUACAAAUCAUAGCAAACCAAUCAAAAUUUGCCGAAUUACAAAGAAUAUUGACAUUUCAAAACAAUCGAUUAGAGGAACUAAUCUUCAUAAAUCGCAUAGCUGCCAGGAUAUUGUUUAAAUUUUCAAUUUGGCAUGCUAAGUAAUGGCGAAAAUUUGAUUGGCUGAAUCCUUCCUUGGUAGUAAUUACGAGUGCGCAUGCUCACCAGAUAAACGAGAGAAAUUUUCUCGGGAUUUUGACAAACCUUUGAUGGAUGAGCAUGAUUUACUGUAUAUAUUUAAUUAUACUUAGCCACUCCAUUCUAACAUGUUACAAAAAUAUGUUGUGCAAGUUCUCUCAUCAUUUAAGUCAAAUACUAGCAUCCUAAAAUGUUAUAUUUCCAUUAUUAUGCCAGGUUGAUUGUAAUAAUGCCUUUAUUUAUUUGUUUUGGCUUUGGGAUUUUGGUGAGUUAUGUAAAGUGCUUACUUGUGCAAUAACGGACAAAACAUUUAUAAAGUAAUUAAACUUUAUUUGACAAUAUAGUAAACAUGUAAAUCA